AUGAGCACUAUUCAGACUAUCGCUGAGAACUACCAAUCCUUCAAUCCCAGAGCAUACCUGCAGAAUAAUUACAUACCACCAAGGGCAGACUUCGACAACCCAGGCAGCGUGGUGCCGUGGAAGCUGAGAUGCCUGGCCGACGCGUGUGCCUCAGGUACGUCAAUUUUUAAUCUACUCCGGUCACCUAAUUCUUGACAGCCUCUCCGGGAUGCACCGGAUCAAAUUCAAGAUAAAAAUGGUCAAUGCGCUAAACACUGAAUUGAAAACCAAAUUGCACAAUUUUAGACCAAAAGAGACGAGUUGGAAAAAAUCUGCAAUUCAACAGGUUGGUUUUUUUUUUUGUUUGUUUUUUUUUUUUUAAUUUUUACUAAAGCAGGGGUAGGCAACGCUCGGCACCCCACUUGUUGUGGACUACAUCUCCCCUGAUGCUUUGCUAGCCUUUAAGGUGAUGUAGUCCACAAUAUCCGGAGUGCCAAAGCUUGCCUACUGCUGCAUUGCAAUUUGGUGUAUAGUGGAUACCCUCUCUCCUAAACUACGGUUGUCCUAUAAAAUUUUACAUAGCAAAAAUACGCAGGGGUGUGCCUUUAAUUAGAUUUACUCACAGUAAACAUUUUAAACGUGUGUGCGUCCCUGUGCUGGAAGAUCUGUUGUAAUACAGGGUGUAGUAUACGAAGCUAUAGAUCUGUAAUUUUAAAUCUAUUCUGUGUGUAAUUAUUUUGACAUUCCAAUUGUUUUGUGGUUUGUGUGGGUGUUUUUUACGUUUUUUAGUACAGAAAUCAAUAUGCAAAUAGGGGUUAUUAACUAUAUGCUUUUUAUCAGUUUAGGUUUUUUUUGCGUGUCUGUUUUUACUUGCUAGCUAAAUCAUUGUUAAGUGGAUAGAGCACAUUAGGAAAAAAAAGUAGAUUUUUAAAUCAAGUUUUUAUAUGAGAAUGGGAGCUCUUAACUGCUUUCACAAAAGAGCGAUUAUGUGGGAACUGUAUAAAAUUCAUACAUUGCAGUUAGGUCGAAGAUAAAAAUGAAUUUUGGGCAGGAUAGAGCUGGGUAGCUCAAGCAGAUAUUUGCCAGAUGUACCACAUUUAAUUGGCUGGUAUGGCCACUAGUUGGUUUGAAGUGGGAAAAUCAGAGUUUAACAAAAGUGGAAUGCGGCAAGGGGGGGGGGGGAUGCAGUGUAGGAUCAUGGGUAUCUGAUGGACGCUGUUGUCAAACUGUUCCAAACUGGUUUGACUCUUCAACGGAGGAAGACGCAAAGGGACUCCAGGCACCAUAACCACUACCGCACACUGUAGUUUUUAUGGUGCUUAGAUUGUCCCUUUUUUUUUAAGGAUGUGUACUGUCAUAUAAUGAAAAAUAAAACCAUACACAAUUAAAUUCAUAAUUUUUGCAAGUUAAAUCUGAAUGGAAAAACUGAGGCAACAAAAAUGCUGAUCUGAGAAAAUUCUCAAACUCUACCAUAGUCACAACUUGGCUAUUUUGCAUCAGUUUUACCUUCUAUAUCUUUUGGGGCAAACUGUUUUCUGGCACUGCAGGUCCCCACCCCAGGUGAUUGUGAUCAAACUUAUACUACAGAUUUACAGCCAAGAACCGCAAAUUUGGCUGUUAAAGGACCACUAUAGGCACCCAGACCUGUUUGUGUUUGUGUGUUUUUUUUUGUUUUUUUUAAUUUUUUUAUUCCAGAGAAUUUGGAGUUUAGCGAAUAACCCUUUGAGAGCUUCCUACUCAGGGCAGUAACUGACAUGACUUUUUUGACAGUCUGAAUUCUAACUUAAUCCUCAAUCUCAUAGAGCUGAGAAAUCCAAGAUGGCUGCCCCUGGGGCCAUUAUUAGAGGCCAAUAAUAAUUUUUGCUCCACUUUGAUACAGUUAUGUGAUGUUCUGUUAUCCAGAAAUAUCAAAUAAGCUCUAAGAGAUGUAACUGGUCACCAAUGCUAUCUUGGUCUAAAAUGUAAAAUCCACUUUGAAUUCUUAUUUUGGUAAAUAGCUCUGCACAUAUCUGUUGAAAACAGCUAAGGUCUAAUCUACUUUAAAAUUUGAUAUCAACCCAUCUCUGUGCGUCUUUGCCUGCAGGUGAGAUUGGAGGGCAGCUUAUGGUAGACAUUGGCACAGGGCCCACGGUGUACCAGCUACUUAGCGCGUUUGAGCUGUUUAAAGAAGUGGUUCUGACUGAUUAUUUGGAAGUGAAUCGGGACGAGAUUAGGAAGUGGCUACGCGGUGAGACGGGAACGUUUGAUUGGGGCCCUUACAUCAAGCAUGUCUGCAACAUAGAAGGAAAGGGGUAAGUUGAUCCAUUGGUGGUAGAUUAGCUCUGAGUGCCAAAUCAGUGUAAUUGCCUGGGAGUAAAUGGAAUAAUUAUUUUAGUACAAACUGGCACCGGGAAAGUAAAACUGUUGCUUCUUACUUUUACAAAAUAACAAGCAAAUUUCUUAGUUUUAAGGCAAGAUAGUGGUACAUGCAUCUCCGAUCUACAAUGUAUUGGGUUGCCAGAUUCUUGACCUUGAACUGUUGUAUGUGGUGAUGGGAAGCAGCCAAAAAGUGUUUUCCUAUCAUGUUAAAGGGAAGGAGAAAAAUUAAGUAAUCAAAGAGAAAUAUCAAAGCAACUAAUUAAUAAAAGCUGCAGCAUGUAAAUGCCCCAGACUCUCCACCUCUUCCUGGACACAUAUCUCUAUAUGUAAAAAAAAAAUGCCCAGUGGCAUACUAAGGGGAGGUAGUCUAGAAGGUAUCAGUGGAAGGGCCCCUGUGACUGAGGGCCACCACAAACUAGUGCACCCCUCUGUACAGUUACCGGUUGCAAGUAGGAACAGAAUGCAGGUCAGAGCCUGGUAAAUGUUGUCUGAGCAGACAGGGGAAGGAUAAUGAAUUAAUGUCAUAUUCAGCCUCUCUAUUCGCUCACAUAGCAUGCAGCACACCUGGAUGUUUAAUAAGUAACCCUGCUAAGGUGCAUACAUGGCCUCUGAUGCCAUUCAACCACAUUACAAGAAUCCACAUAGAUGAAAAGGGGUUGGAAAGACACAAAAGCGGAUCAGGACGUGGAGAGAGACUCAAAUGGAUCAUUUCCUUUACAGACUUAAAGACCCACGUAGGGGAAGUGGUGAGAGAGGUACUUGUAGAAGGGAGACACAAGUUGGGAGGUAUGCAGGUGAGAUCCGUACAGGAAUGGUGGGGAUAGGGCUGGUGCCACUAACUGCCCCCAAUUAA